UGCAUUCGCCCAACAUUUCCUGUUUGUCAGAGUUGCAGAGAAACGCCAUUUUGUCUUUACGAGCGAGCAGCAAGGAACUUGUAACCAUGAGUGGAUGUCGAGUGUUCAUUGGUCGCCUGAGCCCUCACGCCCGUGAAAGAGACGUGGAAAAGUUUUUCAAAGGGUACGGCAGAAUACGGGAGAUCAAUCUGAAGAAUGGAUUUGGGUUUGUGGAAUUCGAUGAUCACAGGGAUGCAGAUGAUGCUGUUUAUGAGCUGAACGGCAAGGAGCUGUGCAGCGAGAGGGUCACCAUUGAGCAUGCCCGGUCUCGUAGAGGAAGAGGAGGUGGUCCUGGAAUGGGUGGCGGUGGAGGCGGCGGCGGUGGCGGCAGCGGACGGUUCUCCCCUCGCUUUGGAGGUGGCUAUCGCCAGUCUCGUAGUGGAGGUUCCAGGUAUGGUCCACCUGUUCGCACUGAGCACCGCAUCGUCGUGGAGAACCUCUCGUCUCGGAUCAGUUGGCAGGACCUGAAAGAUGUGAUGAGAAAAGUCGGGGAGGUGACAUUUGUGGACGCCCACAGACCCAAACAGAACGAAGGUGUGGUUGAGUUUGCCUCUCACAGCGACAUGAAGAACGCCCUCGACAAACUCAAUGGAACCGAGUUGAACGGACGCAAACUCAAGCUCUACGAGGAUCGCAAGAGGAAUCGUAGCCGGAGCAGCUCUAGGUCCCGCAGCUACUCGCGCUCUCGUUCGCCCCGCUCCCGCUCCAAGUCCCCGAGCCGCAGCCGCAGCAGGAACCGCUCCCGCUCCAACCGCUCGCGCAGCCGCUCCCGCUCUGCCAGCCGCUCCCCGGACAAGAAGCCGUCCGCCAGCCGCAACGACGCCCGCCCCGCUGUGUCCCGCUCCCGGUCUCGUUCACGCUCAGUCACGCCCGUCCCCGAGCGCAAGGUGUCCCGCUCUCGCUCUCGCUCCCGCUCCAGGUCCCGCACGCCCCGCUCACGCUCGGCCUCCGUGGAGAGCCAGCACUGAUGGGCGACGGAGAGAGUGUGUAUGUGUGUGUGUGUGUAUGCGUGUGCGUGAGAAAGUUUGGCAGAAGUGUU